AUGAGGCGCCGGAGGAACCUAAUCGUGCAUUCCGACUCCGACGAGGAGGACGGCGAGGGCAUGACCGCCACCACAACCUCUGCCUCGGUUUCAGCUUCCGUCGCUAGCGGCGGCGUCAGCGGCAGCGGAAGCGUCGGCCGGCCCUCGCCCCCAAACCCCAGCCCCCUCCCAGUCCCCUUCCCGUCACUCUCUCCGUCAUCUGCUCCCUUCGUCAUCUCCGAUGACGACGAGGUAGUUGACGAGAUCGUGGACCCCGACGGGGGCUCUCCCAUCGUCGACGCCCCCGAGGUCUUCUCCCCGCCGGCUCCUCCCGUGCCCACUGCCCCCGCUCCCCCUCCCCCUCCUAUCACUACCCCGUCCCAGACCCCAAUCCCGACUCCACCUCCGGCCCGGACCCCAACCCCAACCCCGACUCCGCCUCUCGCCUGGACCCCAAUCCCGCCUCCGCCUCCGGCGCGGACCCCGGCCACAACAGCGCCUCCGCACCCGUCCCUGUUGAACGGGCGGUUGCGGCCGGUGGACGAGUUCCUGCGGCGGCUCGGGCUGCUUCUGCGGCCGGACUGGCUCGAGUCCUGCGCUGCGGGGAUUCCCGGGUUCGACGGCCUCGGUGGUGCGGAGGCGCAGGCCAGGCGGUGCUUCGAGCAGUUCCUCUUCGCCGACAUGAACUCCUGCGGGGCCGGGGUGCUGCCGGAGGGCGUUGGGGGCAUGCAUGCUGAGUUCCUUGAUGGCCCCUUCGUGCUUCAGGUUGAUGAAGUUGUCAAUAUUUCGUCUCCUUUAAAGGAAAGAUAUCGUGAAGCACUGGCAGGACCCAAAAGAUGUUUAAAACUAUCAAUGACAGAUGGCGUACAACGAAUAUUUGGAAUGGAAUACAGACCCAUCAAAGACCUGGCAGUUCUUGCUCCUGCUGGUUUAAAGAUUAUUAUAAGGAAUGUACACACAAGGAGGGGCCUUCUUAUGCUAGUUCCUGAGGCUGUUGAUAUUCUUGGUGGUGUAGUUGAUGAAUUGGAGGCAGCGCGUGACAUACUUGUUUCUGAAGUAAACAAACCACCUCGUGGCAAAAGUAAACAGGGUGGAUUAUCUUUGUCUUCAAGAGCCACGCGAGCUGCCUGGCCAUGUAGUAUCAAUAAUACAAAUGGUGGUAAUGCUUUCCAGGUUGUUGGAGCUACAGAAACUGUGGUUGAAGAGCUUGUUAGCCCUCCUGUAGUAAACACGGUCCAAGAAAUGAACAUGCAGUGCCUAUAUGCUUCUCUUACCAGCGAAACUACGCAGACUUCUAUGUGUACUACCCAUAACUAUGAUCCCACUCAUAUCAUUGAAAGAAGUACAGGGACCAUCAUGGAAGAAUGUGUUGAUCCUCCUAUUAUAGCAAACAGUGUCCAUGAACAAAUGCAGCGAGUCCAACCUGCUAACGUUGUGGAAGGUGCACAAUCUCCAAAUGUUGGCAAGAUCAAUGAGAUGGAACAGUCUUUCAUUCUAACCGGUGAAAAUGAAAAACCAUUUACAUACAUAUACAGCAUGCUUAUUGACUGGGGUAGACAACAGGACACAAAAGCCUACAUUCAAGGAAAAAUCAAGGGUCUGAUCACUUCCGUCAAAAAAUUUCAGUAUAAACAACGAACCAAAUAUGAGCUUUAUGUAUAUAUAGAUGAUGGGAGUUUCAUUUCAGAGGCCUUCGUUGACAGUGAUAUUGUGAAUAACAUGUUUGGUCUUUCUCCUGGAGAGGUUACUGCUGCUCUUGCUGGUGAAUUAGAGUUUGUAUCACCUAGUGAAGUGAAAGAAACUUUGAAAGGAUUUCAGAGGUUUUUGGUGAAAUUUGAGCUAGCAAAUAGCAUGUGA